ACUUCUGUCUACAUUACUAGAAUGCAACACUUACUGAGGUGAUUUAAACGUAAAGGAAUACAAAGAAAACAAUUGUUUCGCACAUGCUGUCGGGUUUAAAUAAUGUUUUUGUGUUUUACUGAUAUAGCACGAGUCGCUUCUGUAGAACUGAGCGCAUUUAGCGACACUUGCUUUGUUUACCGUAAGAGGAACAGGCGUAUUUCCUGAAGAAAUCGGCAAGAACGACGCUUUCUCAACUCUCGCAAAUGGGUUGGUGAAAGAUGUGGAUUUAUAUUUGUCGAAAUGACCUUUAUAAUUCAGCUUACGAUUUUCACACUGAUCAUCAACAUCGAGAGAACAUGCUGCUUAAAUCCGCCUCAGGAUUUAAAGAUAGUCAAAUCACAGCUGCUGUGGAAGCCACCUGAAGUAGAUGGCGAUCUGCAGUAUUUCCUGCAGUACACACUUGGCUCCAAAGCAGAGGAUGAGUGGUACAACGUGUCAAGCCUUAUCAGCAAAAACGCUUUCAACAUCACUGAUGAAUUUUAUGGAGCUUUAUUUCGGGUCCGCGCAGAGAAGGGAAACCACAUCUCCGAAUGGGCUAUUUCAAAUCGAGUCAAUUGUGUAAAUGUAAAUUCUUGUGCUCCUGUGGUGACUCCAUCUGCAAAACCAGGAAUUGUUUCUUUGACUCUGGCACAUAUGGACCAGAGCUUGGAGAAAGAACAUGGAGAUCAUCUCGAGUUUAACAUAUUGUCCUGGAAUGUGAAUAGCAGAGAAAACCCUGAGGAGGGUGUUGUAAUAAAUAGCAAGGAUUACAUCUUUGAUGACCUGGAAUCAGGGCAGAACUAUUGUUUCCAAGUGGAGUACUUGCUUUACCAUAAGCCAUAUGGAAAAGCUAGUGAGAAAAUCUGCGUUUUCAUCCCUGAAACACCUGAAGCAAAAAAGACACGUGUUUUGAUCUACGCUACACUGAGCACGCUUUUUGUUUUGAUGGUGUGCAGUUUCUGCAUUUUUCUAUUUCGUAAAUACAAGAGAAAUAAAAGAGUGCAAAGAUUGGUUAAAGAGUGGUUCCAGCCACUCAAGCUGGAACUUCCUGACCACUAUAUAGAGUUUCUGUCCAGCGAGUUUCCUGUUGGAUUGUCUCCAAGUCCCAGUGUUCCAAGCCUACAAUCAGAUGACUUUAUCGUAGUAACUGAGAACACCAGCAUGGAGGAGAAUGGCCAAGAGAAGGAACAAUAGAAGACAGAAAAAUCAUGAUUGUUUUUAUGUGCCUAAUAUUAUCCUUGCGAUUUAACCUACUUUGCACAUCACUAACAAGCUUACGAAUCCAGAUUUACCUUGUGUAAGUAUUGAUAGUUUUCAGUCAAGUGAUCUGUGCCAAGACCUGGUGGGCAAAAGAAAUAAUGGGCAGUAUAAUGGCUGCUACACUUUGAACUCCAUAGAAACGCAGCACAAACUGGUAAUAUUUUAAUGCGUUUCAAGCUACGAGUAUUUGAAUCAUAUAUGAUCACACACUGUAAAUUGUGUGCACUUGCAAUCAAUAUACUGCACAUGCAACCAUUUUUCAGUCAUUUAAAAUUCUGUCAGAGCUCCAAUUCUUACAUGUAAUGUUAUAUUUUGGAUAUUCCUCAGCAAUUGAAUCAUUAGUGAGGGCGUUAUAGCACCUUAGUGUCUGCUUUUAUAUUUGGUGUCGGUUUAUUUUACUAAUGAAUAUUUGCUGGUCUGAAAAAUCUGUUUGUUCACUUCUGCUAUUUAUACUUUGCAUUUCAAUAUAUACUUUAGUUGCACUUGACCUGCAAAUUGGAAUAAAAACUGUAUGAAACCCAUACAAACGCACAGACAUUUAUAGGUACCAUGGAUUGCACAAGUCCUUAAAUUUCUCAUUUAUGGUUGUUCUGUUUCUGAAGGAAUUCUGCAGAAGCAAAGUCCAGGUGUGUUUCCUCUGUGGUUUGUAAAGCUAAACCUUAUUGCCCAACAAUUAUCAGGCUUUUGGCUAAAAAAAGAGAAAUUAUUUAUUCAUUAGUUUUCCUUCAGCUUAGUCCCUUUAUUCAUCAGGGGUCGCCACAGCGGAAUGAACUGCCAACUUAUACAACAUAUGUUUUACACAGCGGAUGACCUUCCAGCUGCAACCCAGGACUGGGAAAUGCCCAAACAAUCAUUCACACACAUACAUUACGGCCAAUUUAGUUUAUUCAAUUUACCUAUACCACAUGUCUUUGUAGGGGAAACAGGAGCACCUGGAGGAAACCCACAUGAAUACAGAGAGAACAUGCAAACUCCGCACAGAAAUGCCAACUGACCCAGCCGGAACACGAACCAGCGACCUUGCUGUUAGGCGACAGUCCCAACCACUGAGCCACCGUGUUGCCUCCAAAAGAGAAAUUGUUCCGUUCAAAUAAGGCAUGUAGAGUUUAGCUGUUAUUGAAUGCUUUUUCCCCCCAUCUUAAUGUCUAGCACUUAACACUUCAUCUGAAACGCACUGUUUGUUGCCAGAGUUUUAGGACCGUUUGAUCACUGCUUCUAAAAUUUUUGUCUGUGUGUAUAUGUAUGAUGAGGUAAGUUGGGCUUCACCUCAAGAGAAGUUUACUAUCCUUAAACAUUAAAUCUUUUGUAAGCUAUAAAAGAAAUCUGCAAAUCACUGUAAUAAUUUACUUUGUUAUUAACAGUAACUGGCUGCACCAUUUGACUGUUUGCUAUUCUUUACCCAUUAAAAUUUCAUGACAUUUGACCGUUCUCAGGAUUGCAUGUAACAUGAUUUUUUAGUCCUAAAUAUCAGUACUGUGAUGUUCUAAGUAAAAGAGACGAACAUAUACAAUCUGCCAUAAUAUAUUACUAUACUAAAUAUAAUUUCUGUAAAUUUCAUUUUGUUGCCAUAGUGGAUUCAUGCUGUGAAAAAAUAGUGUCUAUGAGUAACAAGCUGUUUCUGUGUUUAUUUUAAUUAAAUGUUUUUUACAUGUAAAUGUUGUAAAAAGUUAUAGUAACAAUGCCUUCAUACGGUUUCAAAUUCAAAACCAAAAUAAAAUGUAAAGGUUUGGAAUUACAUUUUGCAUUUUUAAAUGACUGUCAAACUCAAUUGUAAUUAGAAAUUGCUGUAUUGAAAUGUUCAUUUUUUUCAUAUUUAUUUUGUGCAAUUUUGCUGUUUUUGAAUUGAGCCACUUUUGGAGGAUGUACAAAGUUUCACAAUCGUGAAGUGGCCUCUCCAAAAAAGGAACAAAAUAAAAUAAUAAAAAAUA